AUGGAUCGGCGACUUGCAUGGGACAAGCCGCAGCGCACAGCCAGCGAGGUACUUGGCCCACAGUUGGAGGAUGCCAGGAGAAUCGAUGCAGAUGCUGCUACAUCACAAGCAAGGUCUGGAUCUUCAUUUUGGUCUGCCAGCAGUAGGGUCAGCACUGCUAGCAGCCAGGUUUGCAAUCUUCCCAAAGCUUCAAUUCAAGAGGAGAAGGAUGCAGAGCAAGAGUCUUUUCUUCCUGAUCAAUGGGAGACCAGGCUUGCAAACUCUAUGACUCUGCGAACUGUACAAAACACAAUGAGGCAUGCCCAUCAGCUGCUGCAGCUGCUGACAAAGAGGUAUGGCAGCAUCAGCCCGUUGCACAUCUCCAGUUGGGAGGGGGCUCUGGACAAAGUGGCUGCGAUGGCUGGAUCCAAAGCCGUGGUCCAAAAGUGGCAUUCGCGACAGCGGGAGUUGACCCCACUUCACAUUUCUGCUCUUUGCGGCCAUGCUAAUGUUGUGGAGUACCUGCUGCAGCUCAAUGCAGAUCCUGAUUUGGCAGGAGUGUACAAUUACAGGGCGUUGCACAUUGCGGCGUCCUCCAGCGAGCACAUCUCCCAACUACUGUUGGACUCCCGAGCGAGUCCCACAGUUUUGACGGAUGAGGCAGACACACCGUUGCACCUGGCCUGUUGCUAUCAGCAGCUCAGCACCAUCGAGCGUUUGCUGGAGGCCAAAGCCGACCCAUCGGCUACAAACAAUUUUGGCGUCACACCGCUCCACAUCGCCUCCGCAACGGCGGCCUUGGAGGGCUGUGACGUCCGGAAGGCCAAAGCAGUGCUUUUGCUUUGUAGUGUUGGAGCAGAUCUGCUUGCCUGCGACCGGCAAGGGAAGACUCCUGCGGCAGUUGCCCGCAUGGCUGGUGGGGAAGCAUCGCUCAUAGACUUGUUGCAGGCCGACAACCUGACAAGCUCGGGCUUUGAGCUUCCUGGCUCACCAUCGCAUGCAAAAGAGGCACCAUCCCGACGUAUCAAGCACCGGGCGGCCCAAUUGCUGGCAGAGGAACCGGCCUCAGAGCACCAUGACGCGGAGCUUGAGCUGGAGAAUGUGCAGCUCAAGAAGCAAGUCCUGGAGCUGCAGCAGGAUUUGGAGAAUGCUCAAAUCAACGUGAGGCUGCUGCGAGACUCGCUGGACUUGCAGACGUUGUCGGGUCCUCUUUCAAGGGAGGAUGGCGACAAACGGCUGGCUGAAAUGCAGAUCAACCUGCAGCAGGUUAAUCCUGCAAUGAGGCCUGUGCUCGCUUUGAAGCUUUCGACGAAGAGCGACAACGUGUCUUGCCUCAGUUUCGACCGAGUGAGUCCUGACGCAGACACCUACGGCCGGAGCGGUGACACAGACUUUUUGUGGCUGAUUUAUCCCGUCGCAGUGUCCACUUUCCCGGGUCUGGCUCAAGCAAGCCCCUUCUCUAGCAUUGUCGCAGUCCGCGAGGAGUGUAGAGUAAUUUUGCCGGCCAUGUUUGACGCGAAUGCUUUGGAGCUUUUGCAUCAACAACUGGUCGAGGUGGAUGGACAGCUGUGCAUGCCGGGGUACGAGACCAAUUUGGGGGAGCUGCUGCUGACGGCGGCCGAGAAGAAAGGGGAGGGCGUGUGCCUGGAGGUGGACACAGCCUGCUAUACUUUUGCCCAGAUGGCGAGGAUGGCCACAGCCAUCCGCAGGGUCCUUCGGAAGGCCCUGCAGUCCCUUGAGCUGCCGACGGAGCCAGGCUCACCCGAAGCUCACCGACGACGUGCCGACGAGCAUGUGGUCACAAUAGUCCUGGAUCGCGGUGUGAAGAGCAUCGCCCGUGAUGCUGGAGCGCUGACCUGGGUGGAGGUGGCGAGGCCGCCCGUGAUGAUCUCAAGCUCCGGCGUCCUGAAGCGCUUGGGCCUGACAGACAUCGCGGCCUCCUUGGGCGAGUUUCCGCGUGUGGUGCUUGACGUGGACCUGGCCCUUAGGAAGGCAGAGGAAGCAACGGUGCCGACAAAGGCGAGGCACAGCCCCGACGACCUUGACCGGCUGGCCUACUUCAUCUUUACCAGUGGCUCCACAGGUAAGCCCAAGGCCGUGAUGAUCCGCCACAAGUCGGCGCUGAACGUGGCACGCAUCUGGGGAAACUACGUCGGGCUCUCCUCUCAGGACCGCUUCGCACAGGUGGCCUCCAUGUCUUGCACCUGCCCGGACCUGGUGAAGAAAUCUGGGCCGGACAUGGUCUCGUGGUUGAAGGAGCGGCAGAUCUCUGGCAUGAGCGUAGUGCCCUCGCACCUGCGCACCAUGUCGGCCGCUGGGGAGGUGUCCACGCGCGCGCUGCCGCACUUGAAGAUUUUGGACGUCGGGGGCGAGGCCUUAGGCGCUGACGUCGUGGAUGCCUGGGCCUGGACGCAGGUUGGUGAACAGCUACGGCCCCUCGGAGAUUUCAGUGGUGUGCACGGGCGCCUACGUCACCCCUGGGGAGCCUAUCACCAUUGGAGGACCGUUGCCAACAUACAGCUGCUACAUCCUGGAUCCCGAGACUUUGGAGGAGAAGGCCCAGGGCGAGCAGGGUGUGCUCUUCGUGGGUGGCGUGGGUCUGGCACGCGGGUACUUGGAAGAGGAGGAGAAGACACGGUCCAAGUUUCUUGA